AUGUUCUACAAGGAAGGGCUGGACAAGGGGGACUUGGUGUGCAUCAACAAUGAGAUCGUCACUGCCCCGGCGUUUGGUCUGCUCCUGGAAUUCAUGUACCAAGGCGGCCUCUCCUUCAAUGACACUCCGGUGGAGGACGUCCUGGCUGCUGCCAGCUACCUGCACAUGAACGACAUUGUGAAGGUGUGCAAGAAGAAACUGCAGGCCCGGGCUCUGGCUGAAGCGGACAGUACUAAGAAGGAGGAGGACUCCCCGGCCAGUUCAGAACUUGUACCCAGCACCUCCAAGUGCCAGCCGCUGGCCCCUGCGGCACAGUCGUUGCCCCCACCACCCCCUCAGCCUUGCGAAGCACAGAAGAAAAGCACUGAGGAGUGGAAGGGAGUGGAGAAAGUUGGUUCUGAUGAGCUGCUGGCCUCCACGCUGGAUGUCGCGGACACCACCCAGCCCGGCAUGGAAGGUGAUUCCCCACAAGCCCUUCCCCCAACCAGACCCCUCCCACCAGCCAUCAUUGACAUCUCCCUCUCCAGCCCCAGCAGUUCCACCGAAACCAUCUCACACAGCUGUUUUCCUCUGGGGAACAUUGCUGAGGGGCCUUCCAGUGUGGACACUGCUCCGGCGAAGUACGUGGAACAGCGGGAAGGCAGCGUCAGUGGAUUUUGCCAAAAGGAGCCAAACAGGCCCUCCAUCAAAGUCAAAAUGGAAGCCAUUGUGAUCUCCGAUGAGGAGCCAGACACAGUCGAGCAGCUGGAGGGGCAGAACCCAGAGGAGAGGCUGGAGAGUGUCUUUCAGCGGCCCACUGUGGAGGCAGGGUCAGCUGGAGGCUGCAGCCGCCAUCUGGACAACUUUCCAGAGCCUGGUGGGCUAGAGGAAGUAUCUUCAGACGGUACCUUCCUGUCUCAGGAGCCCAUGCCCUAUCAUAUGAUCCCUGUGCCCAGCGGGCAAAGUUUCUCCAACAUGGCGAUUCCACCUCUGCACGAGCAGAUGUAUCUACAGGACUAUGAGGUUCACCCUAACUUUGGCAUCUUCACAGAGGACAUGCCCACUUGUAAGACAUGCGGAAAGACCUUCUCGUGCUCCUACACGCUCCGGCGCCAUGCCACGGUCCACACACGGGAGCGCCCCUACGAAUGCCGCUACUGCAUGCGCAGCUACACCCAGUCCGGAGACCUCUACCGGCACAUCCGGAAGGCACACAACGCAGACCUGGCAGCCAAACGUUGCAAACAGGAUGUGGAGAAUCCCUCGUAG